UUCCUUCUCACUUGCAAUCUCAACCUUGAUCUCACAAUCUCACAAACAACAAAGUGCUCACAGAACAGUAACUGCAAGAAUGACUACCCGAUACCGUGUCGAAUACGCUCUCAAGACUCAUCGUCGUGAUCAAUUGAUUGAAUGGAUCAAAGGCCUUUUGGCAGUACCAUUCGUGCUUUUGUCUCAGCCCACGGCCUUGUUUGGACAAGAUGGAAUCCACGGAACUGACCAGAUGGCACGUAACGCCCACGAACGCUAUGCACAAAUCAUGAGUGAUGUCGAAGGUCUCAUCAAUGACCACAUAUCUCGACAAAAAGAAGGUACUCAUUUACACUCGAAACUCAAACUGCUGGUUCCGACUGUUGGUUUCUUCUUCACUCCUCUACUUCUGAAAGAUGCUUUUGAGUGGCAAGAUCAAAGGCGGUACAUAAGCUCAAGAAGAUUCGUGGCUCCCAGUUUCAACGAUAUCCGUCUGAUCCUAAAUACCGCUCAAGUCAUGUCAUUGAUCAAGCACAGUCGCCUAGAUCUUGUCACAUUUGAUGGUGAUGUCACGCUCUAUGAUGAUGGUCAAUCUCUUACAGACGACAACCCUGCCAUUCCUCGCAUUCUGGAGUUGAUGAGAAAUGGCACCCGCAUCGGAAUCGUGACAGCGGCUGGCUACACUGAAGCUUCCAAGUACUAUGGCAGACUACACGGUCUACUCGAUGCCAUAGCAACAUCUGAUCUCUCUGAUGAUAUCAAGAAGAAUCUUAUCGUUCUUGGAGGAGAGGCGAGUUACCUGUUCCAGUUCACUAGCGACAGCCGGGAUAGACUCGUUCCCAUUCCGCGCAAACAAUGGUCACUGGACGAGAUGCAGUCUUGGACUCAAGAGGAUGUUACAGAACUGCUUGAUAUCGCAGAAAAAUCCCUUCGCAGUUGUGUCGAUGCGAUGAGGCUCAAGGCCGACAUCCUCCGUAAAGAGAGAGCAGUCGGUAUCAUUCCAGUCGCCGGUUUCAAGCUGUCACGAGAGCAGCUCGAGGAGACCGUUCUCGUAUGUCAGAAGACCUUGGAGAUGAGUCCUGUUGGUAAGAGGCUGCCAUUCUGUGCUUUCAACGGUGGAAGUGACGUCUUCAUUGAUAUUGGUGACAAGUCUUGGGGAGUCCUGAGUUGCCAAAGAUACUUUGGUGGUAUCGAGGGAAACAAGUCCCUUCAUAUUGGCGACCAGUUUUUAUCAAUCGGAGCCAACGACUUCAAGGCCCGGCUUGCUUGCACUACAGGAUGGGUCGCGUCUCCAACAGAGACAGUCGCACUUCUGGACGAGAUUUCCCAGCUCUCAACGGCGCCCGAAUCACUUCCAGCCGAUGCGAACUUCGAGGACCAAAGCAUGAUGACCUGAGAGCCCGCUCUUUUCUACUUGAUGCCCCGGCUGUUUUAUCAUGGCAAGCGAAUGUUUUCUUACGAUGCAUAUAUACCUUUCUGUAACAUCUGAUAAUGAUCUUGACAUACCGUUGCAUAA